AGCUUGACACCGGAAGAAAAUCAAAAGUUCGAGUUCAUCUCCCGCUUUCCGCGAUAGCGCUGUCAUGUUACCAUAGCAAUGGACGGAGGCAAAUGGGAGAAGAUACUCACCCAUUUUCAGGCAUGUGCACGUGGACACUUGGUGAGAAACGAAGUGCGACGUGCACGAAAAGACUUUGAAGACAUCGUGAAAGAGAUUGAUGGAGGCUUGACCCAUCUACAGUGGAGGGACUCGGUUAUCCCCAUCCCGCACUUCACAGACACUGAUGGCCCGUUUCUACGACCCAGCAGCGCUGCCAGCAAAACUUCAGAUCCAGGGCUAGAUGUCAGUGCGAGUCCCCAGAGCCCAGCAGCAGCAGCUGCCUUAAGGCAGGAGAGAGGGGGAGAUCAUGAUCUCUUUCCACAGAAGAUAGCAGCUGAGAGAGAUGAUUCAGGAACGAAAGGCCAAGACCGUCUUCCCAGGGACUGUUUCCCUAGCAGCCAUACUGGAGGGGAUGGGGAGGGCCAGAGACAGAGGGGUGUGAGGGACAAGGAGGGAGAUAAAGAUGGGGGGAUCAUGGAGAGCACAGGAGACUCCACCACCGUCUGGAGCAGUUUGGAGCUAGACAUGAACUACAGUCACUCUCACCAGGGUCCCCGGCAGUACUGCUUGGCUAAGGAGGUGCCCCAUACACCAGAGGCCUUGCGUCUCCAUAGAAACACCCUGACCAUGGAGCUGGUUUGGCUACAACAGGCCAUAGACAGCAGGAAAAAGUACCUUUCACUGAAGGAUAGGCUGACCAUAUCCUGACAGCAGAAGUAAUAUGAACUGGACUUGAUAAUGUGAAGCCCUCACUCUAACUGCACGUUUAACCUGUUAUUAUACCUAUAUUUAAAAUAAUUGCUUUCAAAAAGUAUUUAUCAUGUGCUUGACCAAACCUGUACUGUGUAUGUUAUUUGUUAAUGUAAAAUUAUGAAUAAAUGAUAUUUUU